AUGCUGUGGUGGAGGACGUUGCUGGUGGGGUUGGUUCACGCGCUGCUGUUGGUGCUGGUGGUCGUCGGAGAGCCCUUCUACCAGCGAAGAGACCAUCUGGAUCAGGCCAAGUACUUGAAAACUACCAACGAGAACGUGGUGAAGGACAGAACCGACGCAGAGUUUGUGCUGUCAAAAUACGGUUAUUUGCGGUGUCAAGUGAGCAGACGGAAGAGAGAAGCGGCAAGUCGGUAUCUUCCACCACAAGCCAGCGAUUUACUUCCGGGAAUGGGAAUGGGGUUAGAGGAAGGCGGCGAAAUCUGUGACGAGAAAGAAGUUCAGAAAGCGAUUAGGAACUACCAAAGAACGUAUAAUCUUCCAGAAACUGGAGAGCUGGACGACGAGACAAAGUCACUGAUGAGCACGUCCAGAUGUGGCAACAAAGACCGCGAGAAGGAUCAGAUCAAAGCUAAAGAGAAAGAUCAAAACCUUGUAGAUAUUUCCAUAAACAAAAAUGACAGUGCCCAACAGAAACAUGCUAGCAGCGUUCUCACUGAGGAUGGCGAAGAUAACAAAUCGUCGUUGGCGAAAACUCAUCGGCUCUGGAAACGAUCGGCUCCCCCUUCCAGAAGUAAACUUUAUGAAGUUCUGGCAGGUAAAAAACCAACCACGCGAACACAAGCAUAUCAUAGACGGUAUCUGUCGGACUUUAAGAAGAAGAUUCAUUCUGAAACAACAGUUAAAAGAACAGUUUUCCAUACUUAUCAGACAGAAAGAAGAAAACGUUCCGUUCAUGUAUUAACAAGCAACAACCAACAUCUGGAACAUUUCGACGGAGAUAAGGGCGUCCUUUUCAACAAGGAAGUUAUUCGUUGGCGACUUCUGACUACAGGGUUUAGUACUAGAAUCCCAGUGGAGGAUCAGAGGGCCACCAUCGACCUCGCCUUUCGGAUGUGGAGCGAGGUCAUCCCUCUUCGCUUCAUCGAGGACACAAGCAGUGACAUCAAUGCGGUGGACAUUGAGAUCGCUUUCGGGAAAGGGUCACACCAAAACUGUGAACAUGACUUUGAUGGCAGUGGUGGAGACAUUGCACACUCUUGGAAUGCUGGCAAUAUGCACUUUGAUGAUGAAGAGAACUUUAAAUCCAUCCAGUCAUACAACAACGAUGGGAUUUACUUAUUGAGAGUUGCUGUUCAUGAGAUCGGUCAUGUGCUGGGACUGAACCAUACCAACAAAACAUAUUCUAUUAUGUAUGCAUACCACGCUACAGAGCUGACCCCAGAGUUUGAGCUCAGCUGGGAUGAUCGUCAUGAUAUUCAGAAUAUUUAUGGUGUCUGUAAGGGGUCCUUCAACACAGCUUUCGACUGGGUACGUCGGCGCCCAGACAAUCAGUUCAUUUACAACACGUACUUCUUUCGUGGCAAUCACUACUGGAUGUAUGAGAAUCAUGCCAACAGGACCCGCUAUGGAGACCCUUUGUACGUUGCUAGGGAGUGGGAUGGUGUUCCUGACAAUGUGGAUGGAUAUGUCCAUAUCUGGCUUUUCAAUGGAGGUGAAAUCAUUGACGAUGCUUACUUCUUCAAAGGUGAACAUUACUACAAAUAUGACAGUGAGAAGGACCGUGUUGUGGAAGGAUGGCCAAAGUUGAUCAAAGAUGGUUUUGGUCCAAAGCCUGGGGAAACAGAAGGCAUCCCAGACAACAUUGACAGUGUCUUCUUUGACACACGGGAUAAAAAUGUUUACUUUUUUAAAAAUGAUUAUGUUUAUGUGUACAAUCCAGCUGCUCCAGAAAGUGACAGGGGCUGCUGUGUUAGAAAGCGCAAGAUUAUCGAAGAGUAUCCACCAGCCGAAGGACACAGACCUCUGCCUAGCAAUCUUGAUGUAGUUUAUUACUCUUAUAAAGACAAAACCAUGUAUUUCUUUAAAGGAGAUAACUUGUGGAGAAAUAAACUGUUUGAUCCCAGACAAAGAAGGAUACAUAAUAGUAUUGAGUUUUUGGGACCCUGGUACCAGAAGUGGAUGGACAUCUGUGAUGUUGUGGCUAUGAACUAG